UAUUUAUGCCGGGGCAGGAAGACAUUGAGGUGACUUGUGAUCAGAUAGUGGAACGACUAGAAGAGUUGGAAAAUGCUCCACAACUUGCUGUGUUACCAAUAUAUUCCCAGCUACCCUCUGAUCUCCAAGCCAAGAUUUUUCAAAAGGCUCCAGAUGGAAUCCGAAAGUGCAUUGUAGCUACAAACAUUGCGGAGACGUCACUGACUGUGGAUGGGAUCAUGUUUGUUGUUGAUUCGGGAUACUGCAAACUGAAAGUUUUUAACCCUAGAAUGGGAAUGGAUGCUCUUCAGAUUUAUCCAAUCAGCCAGGCUAAUGCCAAUCAACGUGCAGGUCGAGCAGGGAGAACAGGUCCAGGCCAAUGUUUUAGGCUGUACACACAGAGUGCAUAUAAAAAUGAGAUGCUGACCACCACUGUUCCUGAGAUUCAGCGGACAAACUUGGCUAACGUAGUACUGCUGCUUAAAUCGCUUGGUGUACAAGACCUACUCCAAUUCCACUUUAUGGACCCGCCACCUGAAGAUAACAUGCUGAAUUCUAUGUACCAACUCUGGAUCCUGGGUGCCCUCGACAAUACAGGCAGUCUGACUCCAACUGGAAGGUUGAUGGUAGAAUUCCCACUAGAUCCUGCUCUCUCAAAGAUGUUGAUAGUAUCAUGUGACAUGAGCUGCAGUGCUGAUGUCCUUAUCAUUGUCUCAAUGCUUUCAGUGCCUGCCAUUUUCUAUCGACCAAAG